AUGCCCUCCGAUACGGAUAUUCCGACCGUUUACGCCACCCUUAAAGCCCGACUGGGGAUUUCCCUGCCAAGGGACCGAGCCAUAACUUCCACACCCCAAAAUCCUCCUCAAAACCCUCCUCAAAACCCUCCUCAAAACCCUCCAUCUGCCUCCCAAACACAAGCCCCCCUUCGCACCCCUGAACCUACUGCCGUCGCCCCCCUUGUACAGUAUAGCGGGGACGAGUCUGAAGAAGAGGGAGGGGCGCAGCCCGCCGCCGUCCCGACCGAAGAAGCACUGUCCGUGCUGCCGCCACAUGCAGAAGGCAUGACUGCUCCCAACGCUUCGACGCCACCAAGUGGCGGAAGCUCCAAAUCCCCUACUCUCCUAGGACCGACACAACCGAUCGAGGCAGAGGAGGAGCAGCUGCGCCGCCGGACGCGCAGAAUGGAGAUCAACACGCUGAUAAAGGAGGUGGAGGCCGGGGUGGCCAGCAUGGAAAGGGCGGAGGAGGAGCAGGUGGAGAGGCCCCGUGCAGUGCGGAGGCUGUUGGAUGAGCCGGAGGAGCCAGAAAAUCAAGGAGCCGUUGGGGCGAUAAACCAAGAGGCCGGAGAGGCCGAGGCAGUUGAGGACAACCGUCAGAAGGCUGAAAGGAAGAGAAAAGGGAAUGAGACUCUUCUUUCUCCUCCAAAGAGGAUGCGCCCCGCAACCCGGGGCAUUGAGAUUUCUGAUGCAAACCAACCUGCCCCUCCACAAGAAGGAGAAGAGGGUAGUGAUACAGAGGGGAGAGAGCUCUGA